AUGGUCAAGCACCCAGAGUGUCAAAAUGUGAAAUAUAAAUUUUUUCUCAAGUAUUUUCAUGAAAACUUUAACUUGUCAUUUGGCCGUCCACAGAUCGAUGUCUGUUCCAAAUGUGAAGAGUUAGGAGAAAAAUUGAAGGACCCACAUCUAAAUGAUAACGCCAAGCGGGUUGUGGCUGCAGAACUUAUGGUACACAAGAGAAGGGCUAAAAAAUAUUUUACAAAAAUGGACGAAAUUAGAAAAUUGUACAAAGAAAAUGAAAAGGUAGUCGCUCUAUGUUUUGAUUAUAUGCAAAACCUAUCACUUUCCUUUUUACCCGUACAAGAGGUAUUUUACUUUCGGCAAUUAUGGGUGAAUGAAUUUUGCGUUCACAACUUCAGUACUGAAAAAGCAACGUUUUACUCCUACCACGAAGGCAAAGGACACAAAGGCCCUGUUGAAGUUUGCUCUUUUUUAAAUGACUACAUUAACAAUAAAAUUUCAGAAAAUGUUGAAGAACUGCAUCUAUUUUGUGACGGAUGUCCUGGUCAGAAUCGGAACACCAUGAUACGAUUUCUUUUGGUUCUGGUAAAGUUCCAGAAAAUUACUAUUUACUUUCCGCAACGAGGUCACUCAUCUAAUGAUUGUGACAGGGAUUUUGGCACAGUAAAAAGAAAAAUUCGUUGCCUCGACCGGAUUUUCUCUGUAGGUGAAUAUGAAGAUCUAAAAGUUUCUUUAUCUAGAAGCAAUAAAUUCGAUGUAAGACAUGUUACUCAUGUAGAUGUAGCUGGUUUCAAACAAUGGUGGCCGGAUUUCUUUAAGAAGAAAGUGUUGUCUACCCGAAGUCUUGGCAAACAAGUUCCAAAAGAAUACAAAGUUAAUUUCACUAUCAACUCCUUUUACGAAUUCAGUUUUAACUCGGAAAAUUUGGGUGUCGUCUUUGCCAAACCAUACAUAGGCAGCUUUGUUGAGGAACAUUUUCUUCUUUUAAAAACUCUACAACGAAGCAUUCCGACAAUAGUGGUGCCCAAUCCUCAAAAUCUUUCUGCCUAUCAAGGCAAAAUUCCGAUAAAUGUUAAGAAAAUUGAUGAUAUAAAGAAGCUUCAGCAAUAUAUUCCAGAUAAAUACAAGGAAUUUUACACCACUGUCUAUUCAUUACUCAAAACUCAAAUUAGUAGAUAG